AUAUAUAACUUUAUAACUUUAUAUUAACGAGGCAAGUCAAUCGAGAACAAAUUCUUAUUUACAAUGACGGCCUAACCCACCCUAUGGGACUCCCAAUCACGGCCGGUUGUGAUACAGCCUCGAAUCGAGCCAGGGCCUGUAGUGACGCCUCAAUCACUGAGAUUGGAGUUUCUUAGACCGAUGCUCCACUUGGGAGCCCUGAUCAUCAGAGGCACUUCACAAUCCCACAUUGUCACACAGUCCCAGAAAGAAAGGUUCCCUAAAAUAACCUGGCAUUCACGUUAGACACAAUGACUCUGUUACAAUGCAGAGGAUGAUGAAGAGGUCUUUUUGAUCCAUUUAUUGAACAAAGACCUGGGUUAAGCCCCAGAUGGCAUCCUGUUCCCUGUUUUCUGCACUCCUUUUUGACCAGGGCCCAUCCUCUGUACAUUUGCGUCGAGUCAUUGUGGCCAUCGUGGUUUGUGGUUUAAGGGAGUGGUGUUUGUGUGUGUGUUCUCCCGUCCUCCUCAGUUACAGACUAGAAGGGUGCUGCUGAAGUGAACCCGGUGACACUUUUUACAUUUAAAAAAAUAAUUUUAAAACUCUGCUUGUGCUCCCUGGGUGACCUUCUCCCUCUGGACUAGAGGGCCCUUUGCCCUGGGGGUGAGAGCCACUUAUAGAUAGAUCUUAGCCUAAUAGUCAUGCACGAGCUAAGGAUAAGACUUCUGUGAUGGAUUGCUUAUUGUGGCCAGACAGUGUAGUAGGUCAUAUAUAGUUCUAUGUUGCCAAUAAUUAGGCUCAUUUAGGUAGAUUUCUGUUUUGUGGCUUUAGUUCAUUUUUGUAAAUGUCUAGUAGACAGGAUGUUCAAUCACAGCCACUUAAUACAUUGGGUUUUUCGUGAGCGAACCACAUCCGCUGAUAUGUUGAUUGAACUCUGAAAGUGAUGCGCAAAGUAAAAAAAAAAAUGUCUUAACAAUUCUAACCUUGAACCCUGAAGUAAAAGGAUCUGGUUUUAAAAAGAGAACUCGUUUCACGUCUCCGGUUGACUCUAGUGUGUGUAUGUGUGUACAGAACGCUGUUGAGUCAGACAGUCUGGAAAAGCAUGCUUUUAAAUGAUCUCUGAAAAGCAGACACUUGGGCAUAUAAAAAGGCAUUGGUCGAUAAUAUCAUGACUCCAGCCAGGCUGCGUGUCUGCUGCUGCUGCCCUCAACCUGACAAUGUGACCAGUGGGAGUCAUAGGGCUGAAGGGAGCCAACUGUUCUGUGCCCAUGCGGUGCUUAUCUAUCCAUCUUUAAACUUUUCAAGACUAUUUAUAUCUGAUAUCUAGGCCUAUCUCCCAUCAGAAUAUUGUCUACCUCCUGAUAGGGACAGAUGAAUAGUCUUAGUGGGCUUCAUUUCCCUGUGGUUUGGCCCGCAGGUAGCCUACACCUUGCUCUCUUAAGACAUGAUGGCUUGACUGUCUCUGAAAUGGGAGUGAACUCGGGCAAGCGUUGGUGGGCAUCCACACCAUUCCCAAUUCAGUAGGCUCUUUGUGGUGAAACAAUAGUUCAGGUAUAAAAACGUAAGACGCCAGGCUGCCUCAAAAGUGCAAAUCUAUAGGUCGAGAGACUGUAGGCCUGCAUUUGUCCUCCCCCGUCCAUUAAUCCACGUAUGGAUUCAUCUACCACAUGAUUCUUGUUGCCGUACCACUGGAAGCCAUCACUUGGGGGGGUUCAUUGGCUAAGCAGGGUUCCAAGGAAUAUAUGAGCAUAAAGCAUCACAUCUUCCUGUGUUGCUGAAAGCUUUAAUGUGCCCCACAGUUGUAAUAGAUCUCACGCUGCUCAAUAGUACCUCUGCCCAACUGCCUUGACUUCUCAAGGGCUUUCUGUGUGGCAUUCUGGCCCUUCUAUGCUGUAUGUGUGUGCUGGUGAAGCCGUUUCUCCUGCUGUACUGUGUGUGUGCUGUUUUAAUAUAUAUAUAUAUGAUUUAAGGCGAUCUGUCGCAGAGAUGUUGACAUUGUCGUUCUGCCCCUGAACAGGCAGUUAACCCACUGUUCCUAGGCCGUCAUUGAAAAUAAGAAUUUGUUCUUAACUGACUUGCCUAGUAAAAUAAAAAAUAAAAUAAAAAAAUUGAAAAACUAGCCUGCCUGUGACCUGGUUUAGUCUGACCUUCUGUUGAAGUGGUGGGGUAUCGUACAUUGGGCCUUCAAUUUAACCUAAGCGGGGAGAAGGAGUGGGAGAGAAGUGGGUCAGUGUGUGCCGGUAGAGUUGGCCUCAUUGGUCACAAGCCAGGUUGGGGUCGGUCGCAAACUAACGCUACUGGCUGAACGCCUGCAGCCUUGUCAUAUGAGAGAAGUGAAUACUGUAACCGUAAUCAUAGAAUCACUAUUUAUAAUAUUUCUAACAGCCAAGGUGAUGGAAGGAGACCUCUAAGCUCCACAUUUACUUAUAUUGGAAGCAGUGGAAAAGUGAAGCCUGGACCUGUGAAAGUGUAAUAGAUGGCUGCAAAAGAUCUCACUGCUCAUGCAGUCCUGUGCUUGUGUGCUCACUGCAACCCGGAGGUCACUGCAACCCGGAGGUCACUGCAACCCGGAGGUCACUGCAACCCGGAGGUCACUGCAACCCGGAGGUCACUGCAACCCGGAGGUCACUGCAACCCGGAGGUCACUGCAACCCGGAGGUCACUGCAACCCGGAGGUCACUGCAACCCGGAGGUCACUGCAACCCGGAGGUCACUGCAACCCGGAGGUCACUGCAACCCGGAGGUCACUGCAACCCGGAGGUCACUGCAACCUUCUUUGAUUUGAGGGCUCAAGCCAGCCCAGCACACCCAUGGUCCAGCAGGCAGCUGAUGGAAGAUCCGGUUCCCAACGUGCCCACUAUGGUCUCCAGGCUGCCCAAGUUUGGCUUGCGCCCCGCGGCUGUGGCUGCCACCGCUCCACUGACCAAUGGGACCCGCCACCAACCCGUCUCCAGCACCACGGGCAAAGGGUUACCCACUGCCACCACCAGGCAGAACGGGACAAUGCGGAUGCCUCCCCCCUCCUCUCUGAAGGGGAAAGGAGGAGAGGCUGUGGAGAGGGGGGUGGACUCGGGGGAGGAGGGUGGAACUGGAGCUGGGCAUCACCUCCGACAACCACAGCCCUCACCAGCGGCGGUACGGGAGAUUAAGAAGCCAUCCGCCAUGCCUGCCACGGCUAAGGUACGGGGGUGUGCUUCUGUGGUAUCCUCCAACAGCCCUAGAACUAUACCCUCCAAAACUGGGCCUCACGGGGCCAUCCCCAAACAGGCUUUGUCUGGACAGAGUCUCUGCAACGGCAAAGCGGGCCUCAGCAGCCAGACGGGUGGUGAUGGACGGUUUGGGUCUGGGAAUGGCUCCCUCAGGCGGGGCCAGAGCUGUGGUUCGCCCCACAGCAACCUGACCAGCAGCCUGUCCCACUCCCAGUCCAGCGACAGCCUGGAAACCGCCUCGGAGGAGAACAUGGUGCGCUCCCGGAGCCUCACCCACGUCAAGAGGAUCCCCUCCCCUACCCAGCCGCCCAUCAUCCGCUCCUACUCCUUCAACAGGGCCUCGGAGCUCGCCAAGGAGCUGCCCAGGCCUCUAGCCAAGUCCCGACUGGUCAAGACAUCUCCCUUGACCAGACCGACACCUGUGCUGAGUAGUGCGGGGAGAGGGAACGGCCUACACCUCAGUAAGGGUGGACAUGGACUAGCACCAGGCAGGGCUGUGGUGGGAACAGCUAGCUGCAUCUUGCCCCCCACCACACUGAGGAAUUCCUUACUCCCCAGUUCAGCCUCCUGCAACACCAGGCCCUCGGCCCUCAGAUACAGGUUCACACGGCCCUCACUUAUCAAGCAGCCUCGCCCCAUCUUGGCCACCUCCACCGAGAAGGUCCAGGGCAACACAGAGGAAAGCGAGGGGAGGAAGAACUCGGUGGAGACGCCCCCUGUCACCCCAGACCCAUCCAGCAACACUGACAGCCUAGGGAGCACCCCAGAGUGCGUAACGGAAGGCCUGCAAGAGGAGCCUGCGGCCCCCAGCGGGGUGCGUCCCCUGGGGGAAGGCCUGGAGGACAUGUCCCUCUCUUCCACCUCCUCCCUGGAGCGCAACGAUACCAGUGAGGAGUACAUGGACGACUUUGACAACCUGGGGAACGGAGGAGACGGCAUUCUGCUGCUCCCUGCCCGUGAUGGAGGGCUCGACCAAUCACACUCUGUCUUGGCAGAUGAUGACAACGCCGACCUCAUCCACUGUCACGGUGGCACCUCCAUGGCGGGCCUUAACAGCUUCCUGUCUGACAGUGUAGACUGGGCCGGAAUGGGACUCGCUGGGGGUAGAGGGGGCUUAGGGGCGUUGUCUCGGCGUGCUAGUCAGGCCCUGUCCGGGGGUGCAGACUACCCCCUCGGCUCUUCCCUCGACCUGUCUCCCUCAGACUCCGGCUCGGGGGGGACCUACAUGUGGGACGAGGAGGGUCUGGAGCCCUUGGGGACCACCACACAGCCCUGUGGGAGCUACAACUCAGACCUCAACAGCAUGGACAUACUCAACAACCUGGACAACCUAGAGUCUGGGUGUGACCUGGACGACGAUGACCUCAUGCUGGAUGAUGACCUCCCUGAGGAUGGCUCCUUGCAUGGUGAUACUGAUGGGAUGUCCCAUCUGGCCCUGUGGCGGAGACGGCAGCUCUGUUGGACUGUAGACGACCGACUCCACAGCGACAACAUUAGUGACUGUGUGUUCCAGACCUAUGAUGGGUACCAGAGUCAGGGCACAGGCUUGGCAGCCCCUCACCAGGCUGUGGAGCUGGAUGAGCUGACACUGAAACACAUGGCAGAUGACUGCUGCUCUGUAAAGGCCCAGCUAGAACACCUGAAACUACUGCUGCAGAUGGAGGAUGGUAGUGAUAUGGACCACACUCUGAUUCUGGAUACCUUGAGUCCAGAAUCCAGACGGGACCCAAUUCAAGCUCGACAGGUGGAGGAGCUGUUGAAGGAGGUGCAGGAGCUGAGAGAGGAGCUGAGGAGUAAAGACCGGACCAUUUCUCAGCUGACCCAGCAGAUGGCUGUUCCUGUCAAGGCCACGAGAUGCCACUGCCAGCAGUACAGUCCACCUGGAAGAGAUGUGGAAAGAGUGACGGUGACCUACCAUGACAAGGCCACACAGACUCCACCAUGGAGGGGACAUGCUCCUCAAAUACUACAGCCUUCCAGGCCAUGGCCCAACAGGGUGCACCAACCCCACUCCCAGGAAAGAUUAACAAACUCAGCCCACACCGAGGCCCCCAGUGAGCUGGCCUCCUCUAACCCUGGCUGUGGCUGGGGGGAAAGUCUGGCCAGCAGGGCCCAGCACAGCUCCCGCUCUGGCCUGGCUUGCCCUAGCCCUGCUUCCACCCCUCCUGCUGGCUGUUUCCCUGGCUCAGAAGAACUUAGCCUCUUGCUCAGCACCCAGCUGAAGAUCAGUGACUCCGAGGGUCCGGCGGGCCAGACAUGUUCUCCUCCCCACCCUGGAUCAAGACUCAGGCUGGACUCAGCCAAAAGGAUCCCUCCACCUUGUCUCUCGCAGUCCCCCGGCUCUCUGAAGAAAGCCUCCAUCCCUAAGAGGCCACAUGAAGGCCCCACCACCACAACCACCACCACCCAGAUGUCCAUGGCAGGCUUCCCCAGGGUGGUGAGAGGAAUCCAGGGUAGGGGUGGUCUCAGGCCGGGCCACACAGCUCCACAGUUCAGGCUGAGUCUGCUCCCACCUGCUUCCAGAGGUCAACCCUGCUACAGUUCCACACCCCAGUCAUCUGCCUCCUUUCUGGGCCCUGCUCUGCCCGCCUUUCCCCGGACCAGAGCACCCAGACAGACUCCAGGCCUCAGAGAACCAGAGAGUGGUGGUCUCAAGGCCAGAGGUCUAGGCUCUCCCACACUCUUACGACUCCCCAAGCCAAAGAGCCACUGAUUGCUUUCUCUCAAUUCUCAAACAGUGCCCUCUAGUAAGGCCAUUCAGCACCACCCUCUACCCACUCAGACCCAAAAGAUCAGACUUCUUCUAGAGGCUUCCGACCUCCCCUUAGUAAGGUUACCAUGUCUACCCUGUGAGAAAGGAUGACAUGCAGACUUAUAUAUAAUAUAUAACCCAAAAUAAUAUUUUAUCUAACCUCUUCCAAUACGAAUCACUCAAGGUCAGAAAAAAAAAUUGGCCCAUGUACACAUUUGAUAUCGUCUCAGACGAAGAAGUCAAGCAUAACACCUUAUUGUUUACCCCCCCCCCCCAAAAAACCUUGCUUCAACACUAUCUGUACGCAGAUAAAUAGAUUGUUGUUUUUGUGAAGUUCUGUUUCAAAGUGGGAACUGGCAGGAUGCUUAACUUUAUAUUCCCUCCAGCCCCAACAAGCUACAAUUGCAACUUUACUUUCUGGCCAAUACUUUUCCCAAGAUAAUGAACAUGCUUAGGAACACCGUGUUAUCUGGCCCCAAUAUAGCAUUUAUUGUUACUUAUACAUACUCAGUUGGGUUGAACUUUACAGGGCUCGACAUUAAUGCUUGUCUGCUUUCCCCCCCAAAAAAUUGGUUAUGAAGAAUGUAGAUUUAAGUUGUCCGACUGGACAAGUAAAAAAAAAAAUGUUUAGUAUAAAAGAAAUCACAAACAAUUAGGCGAAUCCGAUCAGAAUUGGAUCAGUGUUCUCCUAAUCUCUGCAGAGCGCUUUAGAGUAAUUAUUGUAGGCCUGCAUUGACGGGCACAAGCGAUCUUUCAAUCAUGCAGUCACAAGAUGCGUUUUUGAGAUCAAAGCAAGCCGCAUGUGCACAUGUUGAUAUUCAUUGCUAGUUAGUGAGUUAUUUGCCCAGUUAUAGCUCAUUUUUGGUCGACAAUGAAAAUGCUGGAAAGGUUUGCAUCAUCUUGUCAGAGGAGAGUUACAUUUGCGCAGCAGGUAAAGUAAUGAUAUACAACAGCCAUAUUGUGUAGAUUGGCUUGUUCUCACUACUUAACUAUUUAGCUAUUAGCAUGUAUUAAUGUAAUGUCCGAUGGCCUAAACUAUACUUCCACCCGCGCUCGUGUAUAACCGCAAAUGUCGGACACAGUUGAUACGUGUGCACAGUUGAUGAAACCAAUUCUGCAUACUCCGGUUGUAAAACCGUCCCGCAAGCGCUAAAAUCCUCUCCUAUUCAAUGCUGGCCAUGUACAAUACUGGCCAUGUAAUUCUGCCAAAGUCUAAGAAUAUAUAUUUUUUAAUAGCUUAAUUGACAAGUAAUUCCUAUGCUGUCAAGAUUUUUGUUGAACACUGAAUAUUUUAACCUUACAAAUAGAUAAACAAGUGACUUGAGCUUUCGGACAAGUAAAAAAUCAAAUAAAAAAGCUUUACUUACUGAAAAACUGCCUGUAUGUAGUGGUUGGGCUUAGUAUAACUUUGAUUUCUCUGUAGACGGGAACUUUAAUUUACCUGAUAUAAUCUCUGCGUAACUGUGGUAGAGGGAUUAAGGCAAUAUAACUCAGUGGAACGGUUACAGGAACAGAGAAUCUCUUGACUUGAAGGGGAACAUUUGGUUGUAUAGACUAGAGAAUAUAGUUUGUUACUUCAGAUAUUGUCCCUCUGGCUAAACUGGGGGGGGAUUCUACUUGCUGAGUGAUGUUCUAAAGUUCCCCUUGCUACACAGCCAGUAUUAUGUCUCUCUCACAGGAGGUUGGUGGCACCUUAAUUUGGGGGGCUCGUGGUAAUGGCUGGAGCGGAAUCAUUGGAAUGGUAUCAAAUACAACACAUGGUUUAUGAGCCGUUCUCCCCGCAGCAGCCUCCUGUGUUCUCUGGUUUUGGAACACCUUUAUUAUUUCUGCCUUGUACCCUGAGAAUGCCUUACGUUUUUAAGUGCACUCUCAAAAGUAGCUGUAUGUUGCACUGUACCCUUCUGUCUACUGAUAGUCUGUAUCCGUCUUUGUCUGUGUGGUGGUGCAGUUUGAUUGCGACACGGGGACAACAAAGAGAUCAGAGGAGCCAUCUUGUGCAAUUGGUGCUCUCUGAGCCACCUUUGUUCCCCCUGUGCUUCCAUCAUGAGCAGGUCUAGUUUGGUCUGUGGGUAGAGGGUCACCCACAUGCUACCUUAAUGACGCUGCACCAGAGAAGAGCUCAGCCUCUCAGCCCAACUACACAGCAGACGUGCUUCAGGCCAGGUCCCUGAAUAGAAGGGGACAGAAAGAAAGAUAAAUAAUUUCCUAGCAUGAAACAAUGUUGCUGGUGUAAUGCAGAGGCUGGCGGCAACUUCCACGUGAUUCCGUAAUGAUUCUGAGUCGGAUCCAGUUGGCAUGGUAACACGGCUGAGUGGCACAGUGGAGGGGUGUGAGGAUGUCGAGUGGGUUACGCACACGCUCAGUGUGUCCCUGUCGACAGCAGGGCCAGGCAUGCUCCUUUGACAUCUGCUGAGACUUAACUCCAUUUAAAAAAUAAAUAAAAAUUGUUCACUACUACUUCUCUCACUCCUUCCUCAAGGUGAUAGACUUACAAUGAGUGCAUCACGGUGGGGCAGAGUGUCAAGGAGGAUGGAGAGGGACACAAUGACUCAUUUGCUUUUCUUCAAAGCCAUCAUGUCUAACUACUUCCUGGUCUGUUACUAUGUUUAGUCCUUGAGAGCUUUAAGUAGUAGCCAAUGGGCACCAUUUGUACCCUUGACCUAAUCAGGUCCUUAUUUCCUUGAUGUCAUAACUGAUCCCAAGUCAGUUGGCUGAGUGUACGUUGUAGAAUGAGCGGAACGUCACCCAGUCAAAACGAUCUCAAAGACUAGAAUAAAAAUGCCUAUUUCUGUAACUUAAUUUGGCAUUUCUUCUUCCCCAGCUAAAGCUUUACAUGUUUUUCUAUGCAGCACAGUUGUGCCCUAGUCAUGGAAGAUAAGUCACAGUGGUACAUUUAGUCAUGGGCAAUGAGCUGGUUGCCUCCAUGAACCCUUCUCGUUAUGGGCACAUGUAAAGCCAGAUGUAAGUGUACUUGAUAUCUGAAACACUUGUUUUGCUGCCACCAAGUAUUUGUCUUCCCAUUCCUAAAUGAUUGGAAGCCAUGCCCCAUAAUGGUCAUCACAAGCACUCACCUUAUACGUUUUUGUCAAGCCCUUUGAAGUGCUUUCUGCAGCAACCCUACAACGCAUGCGUACAACAUCACCCUGAUCUGAAUCUGCCUCGGGACCUGUUAAACGUCACCCCAAAUCAACUCUGCUGUUUGGAAUGCACGGCUGCUUCCAAUCCCACCCAGAUAAGAACCAAAUACUUUUUAUACAUUUGAUCUCUUCAAUGAUGAACAAACAAACAAACUAUUUGAGGUUUGUCGGGAUGAGGAAGAGAUUAAUUUAAUCAAUUCCUGUUUGACAGUCAGAGUCCUUGACUUAAAGGAUUUAGAAUGUUCAGGGGGAAGGAAUAUUUAGUUUUUAAUGUUAACGAGAUCUUAACAGAAGCCCUAACAUGUUUGUCUCUGAGAAAUUCUCACCCAAAACCCCCGAAAUAGGAGUGACUUAAAGUUAUUGAGAAGGGUUGAGACUUGUUAGUCAUGCAUUAUUAUUUUUUCGGUUGUCUAGCUUUGCUUGGUUUACCAUAUUAUGGUAUGUGGAUUAAACAAAUGUCAAAUAAAUAACUUGCCCUUAAAAUGACUGCAUGGGAUAGUAUCACGUAGCAGUAUUCACCGUAAAGCACUCUUGCUGUUCUUGUGUAUUACAGAAGUGCCUGCUUUUGUGACUUCCUUUCCCGCAGUCCUGAACAUAACAUUUUGGUAUGUAGAUUAGUGUGGUUCUGGAGCUUGGUCCCACUGCCCGGCUGUGUUGCUGAAAGUGGAAGGUCUGCCUUGGGUUCACAGGUGAUUCCCACUCCUUGCUGCAUCUGGCUGCCAGUGGGGCUUCCUCCGCCCCUCUACAGGGUUCAACACAGGGAUGCAUUAUGCUCUCCCAGGCUAUCAGAUGUUAGCAUGCCAGCCUCACUUAGUAUUCACUGUCCCAGACUCACACAGACAACCUGUUCUGACUGGGAAGGGCAAACCUGUUUGUCUGUCUCACUACAGAAGCAUCCUGUGUAUUCAAAAAGCAGGCCAAGCUAUGCUUCCAGUGUUGUCUCAGCUCUGACGUUUUGAAUUUCAAGUGUUCAGAUUUGCUUUGCUGCCGUCUCAAUGCACUCUGGUGUGCCCCCUUGUCCUUGUGAGCAGUCUUAAGUAGAUCUGCCGCUGUGCUGCUCGUCUUUUCACGAAUUUAGAACAAAUCUCAGUUUUUAAGCUCAUUUAACUUUUUUCCCUCUGUUUUUUUAAAACUGGAAAUGUUGAAACAGUAGUUUAAUUCAUGAAAUUACAUUGUAAGCAGCGGCAUGUGUUUGCUGCUCAUUACGAUCUGUUUAAUGUCCCUCAUUAUCUCAAAUGGCACCACAUUCCCUUUUAUAGUGCACAAAAUUUGACCAGAGCCUAAUGAGCCCUUGUCAAAAGUAGUGCACUAUAUAGGGAAUAGGGUGCUAUUUGGAACGCAGUUGUCCCCCCUUUUCACAGAUGUUGGGGCCUAGAGUUGUCCCCGACCUUGUGACCUGCCAAGGAAAAAUUGGGCUAUCACUACCCCAGUUUUUUUUUAAUGUAUUCUUCUGGUCAGGUCACUUGGUAAUUAGAAAGUCCUGGCCACUUAUCUUAUGGACAGUGAGGACUGGGUUCAGGGCCAUAAUCUUCUGCUUUGUUGUCGUCUGAUAUCACUGCUGUGAACUUAAACGCCAUAACAUGAGUCUGUUUUGAAUACACUAAUCAAUAUGGCAGAUGUACUGUAUGACGACUGUUCUGUUUCUUUCACCUCGCUAGCAUCACAUUGACUGUACAUUGUACUGUAUAACUUAUUUUCCUCACCUAUGACAGGAAAUUAAAACGGAGAGACUGCUCAGAGGAUCGGUUGUGUUUCCUCAUGUAUUUGUGUUUAUCUUCCUGCCACUUCUGUUUUAAUUCCAUCUUUGCUAUACUGUUAUUUAAUGUGCAAUACGUUAACGAUUGAGAGCAUACUGUUGUACACAAUACUCAUUAUUUAUGUCUAUCCAAUAUCUAUGUCUGUGUAAUUGUCAAAAAAGAAACAUCUCAAUCUGAAAUGCACUUUAAAUGGUUGUGUUGAGACUGAAUAUGAAUGAAUGAACUUAGGUGUUGAACUACUUUUUGUUUUGAUUCUGCUCCCCACCCUUUUUGCUGUGAUCUCUCUGAGGCUACGGAGUGGCUGAGCGCUCAAAUAAAGACUGCACUCAA